AUGCCUGGGUGGAACAAGCUGGCUGAGCCCUUCCAGGCUGUCCAGCCGUACAGCCGCAUCUAUCUCAUCCUCAUCGACGAUCGCAACCGCACGAUACCGCUACCGAGGGAUGACAAUGGGCAUCUUAUAAUGACACCUCGCCAGCGCCGCUACGAGAGCAUAUACAAGCUCUUCAGCCAUCACGUUCGCAACUGUGGCAGACGCCGCAUCCGCGUGCUUCGAUAUGGCCCUGGCACAACACAGCAGGAUAUCAACGGGGACUUGCAACGCGAGCUCAGUAACAAACGCCGCGGCGACCAGGUCUUCGUCUACUUCAGCGGAGGUCAAGAUCACGAGGGCGCAGGCUACGAGGGCAGUGAAUAUUCCUUUCGAAUAGCUGGGUUCCCGCGAGACGAGGUUAAUGCUUGGCAGCUGAUCGAGAUCGCUGCUUCCUCGACUACUGACGUGACCUUCUUCCUCGACUGCUACUGUCCGACCCGCUUCGCGUACAGCCUCAAACAAGACAUCAAUAAUGUGGAAGUGAUCGCAAGUCCAGCACCUAAGCAGGACCCGAGUGGUGCGAUCAUCGCUGGCCCAGGUGACUUCACCCGUGCGCUUGUGCGGACGCUCAAGGCGAUGACAGAUCGCAAUGGGCGGUUCAAGCGCUACAAGGCUCGUCGAUCGGUCUGCGAGCUCACCAUUGGCGAUGGCCAGAUGUACUCAAACUUCGUCAGACCCCUGUGGUUCGGCAGAACCGCAUUCGAGGAUGAGGAGAUCGUCGCUCGUGCCAAAAUCGACCCUAGACCUAGUCUACAAGCUGGGCAAGUGGUCUUCGUCCAAGAGCGUAUACAAGGCCCCGGCGAUAAUGUCUAUCCAGCCCCCGUGCGCAAGAUUGAGGCUGCGGCCUUUGAGAGGGGUCGUCAAGCAGUGCUCAACGAUCAGGCCCAGGAUGCUGGCCAAAUGAACGACCAGGAUCAAGAAGACGAGGGAUAUGCUGAAGGCGCUGGUGGACACGAGGGUCGCGAUGGUCUCGAUGGCGAUGCGGACGAUAACGAUGGUGAUGACGAGGAGGACAAUCUCUUCGUCAGCGAGGAUGAGGCUGACAUAGACGACGAGGAGGAUAAUGCUUGA